AUGUCCGAGGACUUGGACUCGAUCAGCGAGGAAGAACCAAGCUUGUUCCGACCUUUCACACGCGAGUCACUGGCUGCUAUCGAAGCCCGCAUAGCUGAGGAACAUGCAAAGCAAAAAGAACUCGAGAAAAAACGAGCGGAAGGCGAGAACGAUUUGGGGCGGACGAAAAAGAAAAAAGAAGUGCGUUACGAUGACGAGGAUGAGGAUGAAGGUCCUCAGCCGGAUGCAACCCUGGAGCAGGGUCUCCCACUGCCGGUGCGAAUGCAGGGCUCGUUCCCCUUGGAGCUCGCUUCCACUCCCCUCGAGGAUAUCGAUCCUUUUUAUCAUAACAUAAAAACUUUCGUAGUUAUAAGCAAAGGCAAAGAUAUCUUUAGGUUUUCGGCGAGCGACGCUUUGUGGAUACUGGAUCCAUUUAACCCAAUAAGAAGAGUGGCAAUAUACAUACUAGUUCAUCCACUAUUCUCUUUAUUCAUCAUCACAACGAUCUUAGUGAACUGCAUUCUUAUGAUAAUGCCUACCACACCUACCGUCGAAAGUACUGAAGUUAUCUUUACCGGGAUCUACACGUUUGAAUCGGCGGUGAAAGUAAUGGCCAGGGGUUUUAUACUGCAGCCAUUCACAUACCUUAGAGAUGCAUGGAAUUGGCUUGACUUCGUAGUUAUAGCUUUAGCUUAUGUGACGAUGGGCAUAGAUCUCGGCAACUUGGCCGCGCUCAGAACGUUCAGAGUUCUGCGAGCGUUGAAGACUGUGGCCAUCGUACCGGGAUUGAAGACUAUCGUGGGAGCGGUAAUAGAGUCUGUGAAAAAUCUACGAGAUGUGAUAAUUUUGACGAUGUUCUCCUUGUCUGUAUUCGCGUUGAUGGGUCUACAAAUUUACAUGGGAGUAUUAACACAGAAGUGCAUCAAAUCGUUUCCGGAAGAUGGUAGUUGGGGCAACUUGACCGACGAAAACUGGGAGAGAUUCUGUCAGAAUGAAACGAACUGGUACGAGGAAAAUGGCGAUUACCCGUUGUGUGGAAAUUCAUCAGGAGCAGGGCAAUGCGAGCCAGGCUACGUAUGUCUGCAAGGAUACGGCCCAAAUCCAAACUAUGGCUACACAAGUUUCGACACAUUCGGUUGGGCUUUCUUAUCCGCUUUCCGGUUAAUGACUCAAGAUUAUUGGGAGAAUCUUUAUCAAUUGGUAUUAAGAUCAGCUGGAUCAUGGCACGUUCUGUUCUUCGUUGUAAUCAUCUUCUUGGGUUCAUUUUACCUCGUCAACUUAAUAUUGGCUAUCGUCGCCAUGUCUUACGACGAGUUGCAGAAGAAAGCGGAAGAAGAAGAACAGGCGGAAGAAGAGGCUCUCAGGGAAGCAGAACAGAAAGCAGCGGCAAGAGCGGAUAAACAAGAGGCAAGAGAAGCGCACGCAAGAGAACAGGCUGCCGCGGCGGAAGCGGCCGCGUAUGCUGAAGCACACCCAGCGAAGUCGCCCAGCGACUUCUCCUGCCAAAGCUACGAGCUGUUCGUGAACCAAGAGCGCGGCAACCAGGACGACAAUACGCGGGAGCGCAUGUCCCUUCGUAGCGACCCCUUCCAGGACUCGGUGAGCACUCAGCCCACGCACAAGCCCACCGCCACCGAUACGCACCACGAACCGGCACGCCGACAGAGGAAGGUCAGCAUGGUCCCCCACCCUGAACGCAUUAAUAAAUACGGGCAGUUAUCAUAUGGGCCACUGCGGGAGGGCUCACAGGCUUCAUUAUCACUGCCUGGUUCGCCGUUCAAUUUGCGCCGAGGUUCACGCGGUUCGCACCAGAUGGCAUUGAGGCCAAAUGGAAGAUCUCGAUACCCACCUGGCGCUGAUCGAAAGCCUCUUGUACUGUCAACGUAUCUGGAUGCACAAGAACAUCUCCCAUAUGCCGACGACUCAACUGCUGUAACACCAAUGUCCGAAGAAAAUGGAGCCAUUAUCAUACCGGUUUAUUACGCAAACUUGGGUUCGCGACAUUCAUCGUAUACAUCGCAUCAGUCGAGACUAUCAUAUACAUCCCACGGUGACCUCUUAGGAGGCAAGGCCCAGACAAAAGAAGCUAAGUUAAGAGGUCGCUCCGCCUCAAGAAACCACAGUGUAACUUCGCAGCCACAUGCCUACGCUUUGCCAAGACCAGAUUCAUCAAUUGCAUCACGGCCAGUAAGAGAAUAUGAAAUGUGUGCAACAGAGACCACGGACGAAGCUGGAAAAGUUUUGAAACCUUCUAAUGACAAUCCAUUCAUAGAAUCUUCACAACAGCCAAACGUUGUAGAUAUGAGAGAUGUUAUGGUUUUAAAUGAAAUCAUUGAACAAGCUGGCAGACAAAGUCGGGCGAGCGAACAGAACGCGGAAGACGAUGAGGACGGACCCACUCUUAAGGAAAGACUCCUCGAAUAUUUAAUGAAAGGAAUAGACUUCUUCUGUGUGUGGGACUGCUGCUGGUUGUGGCUGGAGUUUCAGAAAUACGUCGCGCUACUGGUGUUCGACCCUUUCGUCGAACUGUUCAUCACACUGUGCAUCGUCGUCAACACGUUAUUCAUGGCUCUGGACCAUCACAAUAUGGACAAAGAUAUGGAUAAGGCACUAAAGAGUGGCAAUUACUUUUUUACCGCAACAUUCGGAAUAGAAGCCAUGCUAAAACUUAUAGCCAUGAGUCCAAAAUAUUAUUUUCAAGAGGGAUGGAAUAUUUUCGACUUUAUCAUCGUUGCCUUAUCACUACUGGAGUUGGGUUUAGAAGGCGUUCAGGGUUUGUCUGUGUUACGGUCGUUUCGUUUGCUGCGUGUAUUUAAACUGGCUAAGUCUUGGCCGGCGCUAAACCUUAUAAUAUCCAUAAUGGGUAGGACGGUGGGCGCUUUAGGGAAUUUGACCUUUGUACUUUGCAUCAUUAUAUUCAUAUUCGCGGUGAUGGGAAUGCAGUUGUUUGGGAAGAACUAUACAGAUUAUGUGGACCGUUUCCCCGACGGUGACCUCCCCAGAUGGAAUUUUACGGACUUUAUGCAUAGUUUCAUGAUUGUGUUCCGAGUGCUAUGCGGAGAAUGGAUUGAGAGCAUGUGGGACUGUAUGCUGGUGGGCGACGUGUCGUGCAUUCCCUUCUUUUUGGCGACAGUUGUUAUCGGCAAUCUUGUGGUACUCAACCUUUUCUUGGCUCUGUUACUCUCAAACUUCGGUUCGUCAAGUCUGUCCACACCUACAGCUGAUCAGGACACCAACAAAAUCGCAGAGGCCUUCAACAGAAUAUCUAGGUUUAUUGACUGGGUGAAACGCAAUGUUGCCGAUAUACUCAAGUUGUUGAAAACCAAACUCACGAACCAAAUAGCCAUACACGCUCCCGGCUUAAAGGCGGCUUUAUGCGGCCGCUGUGUCUCUUCAGAACGGGUCGACAACGAACUGGAACUAGGAGUGGAUAUCGAUGACGGAGUCCUAUACAAGGACAAGAAAUUGAAAGACCAAGUUGAAGUUGCAAUUGGCGAUGGCAUGGAGUUUACAAUACCAGGUGACAAUAAAUACAAGAAAGGAAAAAUAUUAAUUAAUAACAUAAAUGCAAUUACAGAUAAUCAUACUGAUAAUAGAAUCAAUUGUGAGUUAAAUCAUCAUGGAUAUCCAAUACAGGAUGAUGAUACGAUCAGUCAAAAAUCGUACGGAAGUCAUAAGAUAAGAUCUUUCAAAGAUGAGAGUCACAAGGGCUCCGCGGACACGAUUGAUGGUGAAGAAAAGAAAGAUGCUAGCAAAGAAGAAUUAGGUUUAGAAGAAGAAAUGAUCGAGGAGGAUGAAGACGGCAAAUUGGAUGUUCUGGGAAAACAUGACAUAAUUAUAGCUGCAGACGAGGAUGUUGUAGAUGAUUCGCCAUCUGACUGUUGUCCUGAGCCAUGUUAUGUGCGUUUCCCCUUUUUAGCGGGUGAUGAUGAGUCGCCUUUCUGGCAAGGAUGGGCUACACUUAGAUUAAAAACAUUUAGACUGAUUGAAAACACUUAUUUUGAAACUGCAGUUAUUACAAUGAUCUUACUUAGCAGUUUAGCCUUGGCCUUAGAAGAUGUACAUUUACCGCAUCGGCCAAUCCUUCAAGAUAUUCUCUACUACAUGGACCGUAUUUUCACUGUGAUAUUCUUCAUUGAAAUGUUGAUUAAGUGGUUGGCGCUUGGUUUCCAGAAAUAUUUUACCAAUGCUUGGUGCUGGCUUGAUUUCAUCAUUGUCAUGGUCUCGCUUAUAAACUUCGUAGCGGCGCUUUGUGGCGCCGGUGGCAUUCAGGCGUUCAAAACGAUGCGAACGCUCCGCGCGCUACGCCCGCUCAGGGCCAUGAGCCGUAUGCAGGGCAUGAGGGUGGUAGUGAACGCUCUAGUGCAGGCUAUACCAUCCAUCUUCAACGUGCUACUUGUGUGUCUAAUAUUCUGGCUAAUCUUUGCGAUCAUGGGUGUGCAACUUUUUGCUGGGAAGUACUUCAAGUGUGUCGAUUUAAAUCAUACGACCAUGAGUCAUGAAAUAAUACCGGAUAGAAAUGCGUGCAUUCUAGAAAAUUAUACAUGGGAGAACUCACCAAUGAACUUCGACCACGUGGGCAAGGCAUAUUUAUGUCUAUUCCAAGUUGCCACUUUCAAAGGCUGGAUCCAGAUUAUGAACGACGCCAUUGACUCCAGAGAGGUUGACCGGCAACCCAUCAGAGAGACGAAUAUUUACAUGUACCUCUACUUCGUGUUCUUCAUUAUAUUCGGCUCAUUCUUUACUUUGAACCUAUUCAUCGGUGUGAUCAUCGACAACUUCAACGAACAGAAAAAGAAAGCCGGUGGGAGUCUCGAGAUGUUCAUGACCGAGGACCAGAAAAAGUACUACAACGCCAUGAAGAAAAUGGGUUCUAAAAAGCCUUUGAAAGCUAUACCCAGACCAAAGUGGAGGCCACAAGCGAUUGUGUUCGAGAUCGUGACGGACAAGAAAUUCGACAUGAUCAUAAUGCUGUUCAUCGGGCUGAACAUGCUGACGAUGACGUUGGACCACUACCAGCAGUCCGAUACGUUCAGCGCAGUGCUUGACUACCUCAACAUGAUAUUCAUUGUGAUAUUCAGCUCCGAGUGCCUCUUGAAAAUUUUCGCCUUACGCUACCAUUACUUCGUCGAACCAUGGAACCUCUUCGAUUUUGUUGUUGUUAUGUUCUCUAUACUAAGUUUGGUGUUAAGCGAUAUUAUAGAAAAGUACUUCGUGUCGCCGACUCUGCUAAGAGUCGUCAGGGUGGCGAAAGUUGGCCGAGUACUCCGAUUGGUAAAAGGAGCUAAGGGUAUCCGGACGCUGUUGUUCGCCUUGGCCAUGUCACUGCCGGCGCUGUUCAACAUCUGCCUCUUGCUGUUCCUAGUCAUGUUUAUAUUCGCAAUAUUCGGGAUGUCGUUUUUCAUGCACGUCAAAAACAAAGGUGGACUCGACGACGUUUAUAACUUUAAAACGUUCGUGCAGAGCAUGAUUUUACUAUUUCAGAUGUCAACAUCAGCCGGCUGGGACGGGGUUUUGGAUGGCAUAAUUAACGAAGAAGAAUGUGAUUUGCCCGACAACGAACGUGGUUCUCCAGGAAAUUGUGGGUCGGCCACUAUCGGCAUUACUUAUCUGCUGUCUUACCUCGUCAUCUCUUUCCUUAUCGUCAUCAACAUGUACAUUGCUGUUAUUCUCGAAAAUUACUCACAGGCCACGGAGGACGUCCAAGAAGGUCUGACCGAUGACGACUACGAUAUGUACUACGAGAUAUGGCAACGAUUCGACCCCGACGGAACCCAGUACAUCCGCUACGACCAACUGUCCGACUUCCUCGAUGUCCUCGAGCCGCCGCUACAGAUACACAAGCCGAACAAGUACAAAAUAAUAUCCAUGGACAUACCGAUAUGCCGAGGCGACAUGAUGUUCUGCGUGGACAUCCUGGACGCGUUGACUAAGGACUUCUUCGCGCGGAAGGGCAACCCGAUCGAGGAGACGGGCGACCUGGAGGUGGGGCGGCCGGACGAGGCAGGCUACGAGCCAGUGUCGUCGACGCUGUGGCGGCAACGCGAGGAGUACUGCGCGCGGCUUAUCCAGCACGCUUGGCGGCGGCACCGGCGCGCGCACGACGACACCUCGGACGUGGAGGCCGGUGCGGGCGGAGGCGGGGGCGCGGGCAGCGAGGGUGCGCCCACUGCGGUGCUGCUGGACGCGGUGACGCCCAACGGGCACCGCGUGGUGCUGCAGGCGGGCGGCGCGGCGCCGCGGCCGCCGGAGCCCGCGCCACCUCCCGCGCCCGUCUGA